GUUCUGACAUUGCACAAAGCUUCAAAUUGUUGUGUAUGUAUCUCUUAUUUGGUUUGUAUUUCCUUAACCUUUUUGUCACUUUGAUAAUUCCCAAUUGUUCUCAUAACUCUCUAAUUAGAUAUGUUGGGUUUAUGGUUCAUCUUCCAUGCUUUUGUAUAUAUAAAAAAUUUAGCAAACUUCAACCCCAGCAAGAUCUGCACGCGUGCGCACACACACACCCUGCAACGUUUAGGCUUGGAAUAAACAUUCCAUUGGAGACAACGGAACGUUUUUCCCCAAACCCAAUUGGGAAGGAUUACCUCCCUACUUGGGACCCUCAAAGUUGUCCCUUCCCUGUUGCAAUUAGGCUUCAAAGAAGCCUUUUAAAAAUAGCCAGUAGAUGGGCUUUUUCAAGCCUAAUAUCAAUGUAGGAAGGGUUGGUAUGUGGGGGACCCUGCAGGUGCCAAAGAAGACCUCUGCAGACACACAUGUGUCAAUGGGUAACAUACUGAGGAAUUAGUUGUGCCAUAUCCAGUUGAGAAGAGUGACAGGAAGCAUUUGAAUUAAACUUUGAGUUUCUGGCCAUGCUCUUCAAACAAAAGAUUGUGGAUACUGAGCCAUAAAUAAGUUUGAAUUUAAUUAAAAGGUUUCAUCCCAGUGGCAAUGGAAAUAUACCUUUCUUAUGAAAUAUAGCUUAUGUGAACAGUUGUCUUCAAGGGCAAGCAUCAAAUUCCUCCUGCUAAUCAUCUUGAUAAAAAUAGAUCUUCUAUUCCUAAAGAUACAUGUUUGCUAGCCCUGUUCACCAUGCUAAAGAGAUCCCAGUGUAAGCAAGAAAAACUUGUAUAUCCACAAUGAGGGAGACAAAGCACAAGUGGUAAGCCAAGACAAACUUUGGUUAUAGCUCAUGGUUUGUUCAGAGCAACACAAACCAUGAGUCUGGUUUCAGAUGUAAACUGGCUUAGCUCCCAAUAGCAAGGCAGGAGCGAAGCAGCCACAAUUUUCUUGUUGUGCUCCAACACACUUGCUUAUUCAUGCUACACUAUAGUUUGCCAUAGCAUUACAAUCAGGCCAGGCCAUAGUAUUGCAAAUGUUUAGGAUUGAGGUUUGUUUUUAUCAACACUUCUAGAAAUUAGAAAAAUUACAUUUUCUAGAUACUGGUUGAAUGCAAAAAGUUAAUUGGACAAUUAGGGUGAAGGUGGGUGUGUCGACAAUUCUGCUGAUUUUCUACCCAGCUCUUGCCAUUCUGGAGGGGCCCCAAGCAGAUUUAUAAAGGAGGACAUAGGUCUACAUCAGGAAGGAGGAAUAAAGUCCCAUUGUAUUAACAGAACAUUUCCUAUGGUUCUUAAGUGCUAAGACAUAAUUUGUUUAUUUCAUAAUGUAUAAACCGCUGUACUUCCAGAGAAUGCUCCAAGCAGUGUACAGAAAUAGAGUUUAAAACACAAUACUGUUUAUAGAACUGUUGAAACAUAAAAACCAAGACAUUUUUUAGAAGGCUUGAGAGAAAAGAAAGGUUUUUAACAAACAUAUACCAUGUACUUCAACUUACCAAAGUAGCAUCUUCUAUUCAUUACUCUAGUCUAUUUCAUAUAGAGUCCUUUUCAUAUUGCAUUGAGACAAAGGAAAGCUCUGCUUGAUCUUCUAAAAUGUAGGAGGAGGUGAUAACCCAAUACUGUAUCUUGAUCUAAAUCAGAGUUGGCCCUCUAAAGUUACCUCAAUAAUAAACAUGUUUUACCACACAAGUUGAAUUCCUUGUGAUUUACCUAGCUUUGUUGUAAUGCUUGUGUCACUUUCCCUUAAGACUUUGCAGUUGUGGAGCAAAUGUACUGAGACAUGCCCAGCCCAUUACAUAUAAAACACUGCAAGAUGUAACAUGUAGCAUGUGUAUGGACAGGGGAGUUUUUUUAUUAUUUUUUCUUACUUGAUUAACAUACAACCACUUGUUUUGUGGGGCAGGGGGAUAAUAUUGCUAUGACUGCACUUCUGGUUGUGUGCAAUUGGUUGGCUCUGUUCUAAAUAUUGUCUACAUAGUCUGUUGGGCAUUCUCUGCUCAUGUUCUGCAAUUCUGGUGCACUCAGCUUUUAAAGCUGCACAGAAGUAUUAUGUGUGGCUUUUAAAAAGCUGACUUUGCAUUCCAGGCUUCCAUUCCCUAAAUUGCAGUAACUCCAUGGAAGCAGCAGAACAGAACGUACAGGAAGUGGUUCUGACGCUAUAAUUAAAGUGAGACUCUGAAGGCCAAAACUGCAAGUUUUGCAGGGCAAUCCUAUACAUGUCUAUUCAGAAGUAAAGGUAAAGGGACCCCUGACCAUUAGGUCCAGUCGUGACCGACUCUGGGGUUGCGCGCUCAUCUCGCAUUAUUGGCCAAGGGAGACGGCGUAUAGCUUCCAGGUCAUGUGGCCAGCAUGACAAAGCCGCUUCUGGCAAACCAGAGCAGCACAUGGAAACGCCGUUUACCUUCCCGCUGUAGCGGUACCUAUUUAUCUACUCGCAUUUUGACGUGCUUUCGAACUGCUAGGUUGGCAGGAGCUGGGACCAAGCAACGGGAGCUCACCCUGUCACAGGGAUUCGAACCGCCGACCUUCUGAUCAGCAAGUCCUAGGCUCAGUGGUUUAACCACAGCGCCACCUGGGUCCCUUCCUAUUCAGAAGUAACUCCCAGUAAAUUUAGUGGGACUUACUUCCAGGUAAGUGUUACGGGAUUGGAGCUUUAAUAUGUGUUAUUUAUAUUAAGGUGGUACUUGUGCAAUUUAUCAUAAUAUAGUCCCCCCCAAAAAAGCUUUAUUUUCAGUAAAUAUGUUUUUGAAAAGAUUAGUUAAAAAACAAGACAGAUUAUUUAUGAUGAAUUGCCUUGAUAUGUCUACAGUAUGUCUUAACUUACGUCUAUGCUUAAAAGCAGGCAUUGAGGAAAUUGCAGUGUUAAAAACUGAGAUAUGAAAGCUACGGCGGGAGCUAAGUGGCACCUUAAGCCUAGGUUAUGGGUGCAACAACACAAUGUCUAGGCACACUAUUUUAUAACAAGAAUACAAAGCUGAAAUGAAUAAACUGCAGGCCUUAACUUCAGCCGCUUUUGCCCGUUGAUUUGUCUUGCCAAUGCUUGCAUUUCUUAGUUCGUUCUUUUUUUCUGGUAAAGAUUUUCUGAGUUCUUUCUGUGCCUCCAGAUAGGAUGUUCUUUGGUCUUUCAUAGAUUUAAUUCCUUUCCUUGGGAUGCCGUCAGAGAGUAUAGAACCCAGAUUAAUUUUCAUCCACACUGAGUUCUUCUGUGAAUAUUUCCUUCCCAUUUCUUGGCUGUUUUGUGUUAGAUAUCAAUUGGAAGGAAUCCAGAAUUAUCUGCCUACCUGUGUGAUUAUCAUAUAAUUUUGAGUAUAAUGCAAUUCCCUUCAAUGUGAAAUUUGACUUUAAAGGGACCUCUUUUUAAGGUGUUAAUCCCUCCCUCCCUUGCCAGAGAUGUUUCCUGUGGGUGUAAUAGUGAGGAGACAUGGUUAGGGUUCACUGAGGAGCAUUUCAGGCCGAAUGCCUGGAUCUGGCUCUUUAAUAAUAUUUUUGCAAUUAUAUAUAUAUAUUUAUUUCAUUACAUUUGGAUCCCACCUUUUAUCCAAGGAGCUUAAGGGGGCAUACAUGGUUCUCUCCCUCUCCCUAUUUCAUUCGUAGGCUAAGAGACAGUGACUGGCCCAAGGUCACACAGGGAGCUUUAUGGCAGUGUUAGAAACCUAGAUAUGAAAGCUAAGAGCUAAAUUGCACCUUAAACCUAGGUUAUGGGUGCAACAGUGGAAUGUCUAGGCGCACUUUUUAAAUAACAAGAAUACAAACCUGAAAAUGAGUGAACUGCAGCUAAAAUAUUAUGUUCAUUUUUCACAUGGUGUAGUCCUUCCCCUGCCCACCCCUCUUAAUAUUCUUUAAAGGGUCUCUUCUCUAGGCUUCAUGGAGUAGCUCAAAGUGGGGAGGCAGAAAACGUUCUUCCUUUCCUUCCACUCUGCAGUUUUAUUCUGAAAUCUUAAAUACAGUACUGCACCCAGAGCUCAGAAACUGCUAGCACUAAUGAAAUUCCCUGUUGCAAAAUGCUCAUGGAACAAUGGAAGUUUUGAACACUGGAUGGGUUAUAAUCUAAGUGUCACAGUUGAAAAGGACCUUUCUCUUGUCUUUACCAGCAGACUUCUGUCAGCAGAAAGAUGGCAAGAAGGGUCUAGAACAGGCACCCCCAAACAUGGCCCUCCAGAUGUUUUGGGACUACAAUUCCCAUCAUCCCUGACCACUGGUCCUGUUAGUUAGGGAUGAUGGGAGUUGUAAUAAAGGCUAAAGGGAAAUUGAUUGCUAAAUAAUAACCAUUAUUUAUUAUGUCAUGUCAAUGUUCCCUCUUAAAAAUACCCCCCCCCAAGAAAAAAGAAAACAAGUUAAGCUUUUUAUUUUUAUUUUUUGCUUUGGCAUUACUAUAGCUGUUUAAAGCUUAUUUUUAUACAAGCACGUAGACCCACAGUUUAUCUUAAGGUGGCUUUCAUUUCUGACAUACAAAAAACUCAAGGGCUUUGCAAGUUUGGAAGCGCCUGCAAGCCUUAAUCCUUCAAUAGCCUACUUUAGAGACUUGAGCAGUUGUGACUUGUGACAAAAGGAAGGGGAAGAGAGGAAGCUACAAAACCACUACGUCUGGUAUUUUCAUGUUCCUCCCUGGUUGGUUUCACUAAAUUGGAAGUUACUUUUAUUGAUGGUUUUGAAGUGCCACUUUUAUAACAGGCUUCUGUCUUUUUCCAUACUCUACCAUACCAUUAAGACUUUGGAAUGCAUGGAGUAAGGGGCAGGCUCCCAAAGUGACUUUCCAGUCUGUGUCGGCAGUUCUAGCCAAGUUCCCUUUUAAUGUAUGGAGCAGGCUAAGUUGAACUCGCUCUCAGAAUAACACAGAAGUAAAACGCAGCUGCUGCUUUAAGUGGCACUGUGUGAUAAUAGGACUCUGCUGUUUACUGGAACUCAAGUGCCUGGACUGGUGCGCACACAAGCAGUAUAUGAAAUCUGAAAACAUGAGGAUAAAGGAGAUUUCUUUACGGCAAGAUCCUGAUCUGCGAAAGGAAUUGGCAUUGCUAGCUCGGGGCUGUGAUUUUGUUCUGCCUUCCAGAUUCAAGAAGAGACUUAAAGCUUUCCAGCAAGUCCAGGUUCAGUCAAAGAAAGAAGAACCUUUGACACCAUCUCUGAGCCAAACCAUUCCAACAUUUUAUUUUCCUCAAGGAUGUCCGAAAGAAAAAGUGAACAUAGAUGGUGUUAUUACUAAGAUAGAGAAAACUUUUGCUCAGUUUCCAAAUGAGAGAGCAACAUUAGAAGAUAUGGGUAAAGUUGCAAAGGCUUGUGAAUGUCCUCUAUAUUGGAAAGGUCCACUAUUUUUUUGUGCUGGAGGAGAAAGAACGGGAUUUGUAUCGGUUCAUAAAUUUGUUGCAAUGUGGCGGAAGAUUCUACAGACUUGCCAUGAUGCUGCCUCCAAGUUUGUUCAUCUUCUCAAGAGCCCUGGAUGUAACUAUUUGGUACAAGAAGACUUCAUUCCAUUUUUACAAGAUGUGGUCAAUAGUCAUCCCAGUCUAGUCUUCCUAAAGGAAGCAUCAGAAUUUCAUUCUCGGUAUAUAACAACAGUAAUACAAAGGAUAUUUUAUACCGUGAACAGAUCCUGGUCAGGAAGGAUCACUUGUAACGAACUCAGAAAAAGCAGUUUUUUACAGAAUGUGGCAUUAUUGGAAGAGGAAGUAGAUAUUAACCAGCUGACAGAAUAUUUUUCAUAUGAGCACUUCUAUGUAAUCUACUGCAAAUUUUGGGAGCUGGAUACAGACCAUGACCUUUAUAUUGAUCCGAAGGAUUUAGCUCGGCAUAGUGACCAUGCUAUAUCUAAUCGGAUGAUAGAGAGGAUUUUCUCAGGAGCUGUAACAAGAGGCAAGAAAGCACAGAAAGAAGGAAAAAUAAGUUAUGCUGAUUUUGUAUGGUUUUUGAUAUCUGAAGAGGACAAAAAGACUGCAACCAGCAUUGAAUACUGGUUUCGCUGCAUGGACCUUGAUGGGGAUGGUGUAUUGUCAAUGUAUGAACUGCAGUACUUUUAUGAAGAGCAAUGUCAAAAACUCGACAAUAUGGCCAUUGAACCACUGCCAUUUGAAGAUUGCCUUUGCCAGAUGCUUGAUCUUGUGAAACCAGAGUGUGAAGGGAAAAUAACUCUUCAUGACUUAAAGAAGUGCAAGAUGGCAAAUGUGUUUUUUGACACCUUUUUCAACAUUGAGAAGUAUUUAGACCAUGAGCAGAAGGAUCAGUUUUCUAUGUUGAGGGGCACUGAAAACGAAAACCAAGAACUGUCUGAUUGGGAAAAAUAUGCUGCUGAAGAGUAUGAUGUCCUAGUAGCAGAGGAAGCAGCUAGUGACCAGUGGAAUGAUUGUUAUGAAGCAGAAUUGAACCCUGGAGAUCAUCAGAAGACCAAUGUGCUGAAAUAUCAGAUGGAAAAAAGGCCUUUCUUUGAUAUGCCUUCCCAUUUGGCAGACGUUGACUUAGAUGAGUAUGACUAUGAAGAUGAUUUUGAAUGAAUUGUGUUUGUAUAAAAAUAAGGACCGUCUGCAGCAGGUCUGCUAAAUCUAUGUAGGGCUUAGUUUCCAGAAAAAGUAAACUUAGUUCUUUGUGCUGCAAAGUUAAUAUUUUAAUCAUUUUGGAUGAUAGCUAUUGUUAGUCACACUCAAAGUAGACAUUGUAGACCCAUUGAAAUGAAUGGUCUUAUACAUGAAGGUCAAAGGGCUUACUCUGAGUAUGACUAACAUCUAAUAUCACCCUUAGAUACCUUGAAAAAAAGAAGUUGCUUUGUAUGGAAUUACUUUUUUGUAUUUAUUCAUUAGAUUGUUGCCUGUAAAAUAGUUAAUUUAUUUAUAGAUAGGUUAUAUUAUCUUUAUGGAAUUACAUCGUACCUUCCCCUCCUCUAAAAAAAGAGAGAAUUCUUCCCAGUUUUCAUUUAUAGAGAAAAUGGUCUCCCAGCAGAAAUCUAAUAACUUUGCCAGAGUUCAAAGAGAAAUAUGUCACAGCUGUCAAAGCAUCACUGGACAAGCUGGUGCAUGCAGCAAAAUGUGGUCUUGCCCUGAAAACUAACACACACACACACUGUGCUCCUUUUAGUCCUUCAACUUAUACCCCGACCGCCACCCAUUGCAAGAAUGGUUUUUAUCGCUCACACUCGACUGCAGUGGAUGUUAUAUUCUGUGUCAAAGGAACCAAUUUUUAAACCUUAUGUAAGUUUUACUUGAUCUGUGAUGUGCACUAACCUUGUUAUGGGCAUUUAGUGUGUUUCCUCAAUGGUUAGCUAAUGACACAUUCCAUGAGUAUUCAUACCAAUGGUGUCAGAGCAGCUGAACAUUUUGAUGCUUCCCUUGCCUAUGUAAGGUGAGAAGUGAUGGCUUUUUUGGACAAGCUAGAAGUUGCUACGCCAGUUUUUUAAAAGCAUAAGGUUUGUAGUGCCUUAAUUAUCCCAAUGUUCACACAAGGAACUAAAUAUUGUGUUCCGGGAAGAUUUUUGCUGUUUUUCAUGUAAA